AUGACAACAAUGCGGAACGAGGUCCAGGGCUCCCCCCUGACUGACGGGGACGGCUUCGACAUGUGGCACGAUUACAUGAACCUGGGCAGGCUCCUGGAGAGGCUGUGCGUCCGGCGUGAGGCGCAGCGCGGAGAGGAGCCACAGCUGGAACCUCUGGCGCAGUGGAGCCCCUUCCGAGACCAGUCCGAUCAGCGGGAGGAGGACAACAAACUGUCCGCGGAGACGAGCUCAGUCAGCAGCCUGUCCGACACCAGCUGCGGCGCCAGCGUCUCCUCGGACCACUGUCGCUUCUGCAAGCAGAACGGGGAGUCUCCCAGGGUGUACGGGUCGCACAAGCUGAAAACCGGCGACGGCAGGAUCACCUGCCCCAUCCUCCGCAAAUACACCUGUCCCAUCUGCGGGGCCACCGGGGAGCAUGCGCACACACGCCGGUACUGCCCGCAGACGCAGCGGAAGGGAGGCGGGAAGAUGCUGCCCAGGUCCAGAUUCUGGUAG